CGCCGCCUUCGCGCACAUCAGCAGGAAACCGAACAGGCCAUGUGUUGCCUGAGCCCUUCUACGCCUUCCGUCUCGGCGACCUCGUCGCGGCGGGGUCAGAUCGUCGCCUCAGAGUGGCCGCCGGAUCCGUCUGACGGCUCGAACCCGCAGCCCGAAGGCCCGCCGCCUUCGCCAGCCCCGCCGCCCCAGGCCGUCGACACCGACGACGAGGAAUUCGGCGGCGGGCCGGCCAAACGCGCUCGCCCGGAGUCCGGCUGCGGGGAUGGGGUUUGCACCGCGGAUCGGCCGGCCGGGGACGGCAGGGACCGAAUCAGCGAUCUCCCGGACGCCGUCCUGCUGUCCGUCCUCUCCUUCCUCCCCCUCCGCGACGCCGGGCGGACGGCGGUUCUCUCGUCGCGGUGGCGCGGCCUGUUCGAUCAAUCCCUCCUCGACUUCAACGCGUGCCAGCCGUUCCCCCCGGAGGAAGGCCGCGGCUGCGACUGGUUCAUCCGCGCGAUCACGGACAUCCUCGCCGCCCGGCCGCGCAUCCGCAUCCGGAGCUUCCGCUUCGUCAUGUACGGGAGGGGCUUCGACGGCCGCCUGGACGUCGUCGACGGCUGGCUCUGCGCCCUCGCGCGUCACGGCCUGAGAGAACUGGAUGUCGACAUGUUCUACGCGGGCCCCAGGCAGACUCUCCCGGAAUCCCUCCUCAAGCUCGCCUCCCUCGAAACCCUCAAAGUGUUCAACUGCAGAUUUCCCAAUGCCGGAUCGGCGCCGGCGCCGCUUCUCCCCGCCCUCAAGAUACUUGACCUAUCCAACGUGGACGUGCCUGAAGAAUCCCUGCAGGCCAUUCUGUCCUACGGCACCUCCCUGGAGUCUGUGAAGCUCAAGAACGUCACCGGAGUGGACAAGAUUUGCCUUCGGUCCAAGAGCCUGACGCGCCUCUACGGUGACUUCGGCGACUUUAAAGAGCUCGUCGUUGAGGACGCCCCAAACCUCGAAGAAUUGGUGGGUAUCUGUUUGCCGAGCGGGAACGCGAAGGUGAAGAUCGUUUUUGCGCCCAAGCUGGAGUUGCUGGGGUAUCUGGGGAUCAGCGUCCGCCCACUCGUGCUGCAUGACACUGUGUUUGAUGGAGGGAUCGUGCAGCUCAGGACACUGAUGCACAGCGUCAAGACAUUGGCCAUCCAAGUGCCCUUCUCCGAAAAGGGAUACACCGUCUUCGUUUCUCAAUUGCUCAAAUGUUUCCCCUGUCUCGAGGCGCUCCACGUGGAGCCUAAUAAGCAUUCUAUCUCCCGGCGGUUUAAUGUUGAAGAAUGGGGGGACACUGAAAAUUCUAUUCAGUGCAUUGAGCAUUCCAUCAGCAGAGUGGUCUUCGAGUGUUUUGGAGGGGAAGACUGCCAGUGGGGGUUUCUGACCUUUCUGCUAUCCAUGGCAAGAGCUCUGAAGCUUGUCGAGGUCUACUGUUGGACGGGCAAAGAUUGGGCCAGUGACCAGUUAGAGCUACUGGAUCCUAAAAAAAGAGCCUCCCCGGAUGCCGAAAUCCAGUUUUUCACAAUUUGUAAGCCAAUCAGUGACCUUUACUUGUGCCACUGCUGCACUCAGCGAUGCCAGAAGAAAAACAGAGUUGCUCUGAUAUAAGCUAUUCAAGCUUCACAUGCUGAAUUCUGAUGAUAAUUUGAAGCAGCAAAAGAAUAAGAUGUUGUUACUGUCCCGAUCUUGCUUGCAAUUUCAGGUGUUGACUGAAGGUUUCUAAUUCCGUCCAGGGUGCACAAGUUGUGAUAUUUACGUUUGAAGUAUAAGGAGCUGUUUAUUUAGUUGGCGACAGGAGAACAAUUUGUGUAGGUUGCAGACUAGCAAGUAGCAGGGUAGUUUUCUUGUUGCCCUGGUGGUCUGGUUUGUAUCAAUUAGCUAGUAAGAUAGCCUGGUUGAGCGUGUAGGAGUAUGAAUGAAAAUUUGAAAAGAUAGCUUGUAGUCUUGUACAUAGGGGGAACAUCUAGUUUUCAAUAUCCAUGAAAUUGCUGUCAGUUGCAUGAGCAGUAUUUAGCUUUGAGCACCAGGCACUUUCAGUUUGUACAUCAUUGAUUCUGGUCAACUUUCAUUUGGUUC